CCCAGGCAAAACAGCUUCACCAACUUCGUCUUCUUCUUCUUCUUCACUACGAAAAUUCAAUUCCACGCAAUUCAACCCUCCGCACGCCCUUAAUGCCUCCGCGAUCCAUCCCGACGUCCUCUUUCCGCCGGAGCUCCGAUCGCUCCCGACCACCAUGAAACAGCUGCACAAGCAAUCGAGCAUGAACGUCCGCCGCGACGAGGAGAUCGCCGCCCCCAAGCCGUCCUCGUACUCCCCCAAGGCCCUGAAGCACCCCCGCUCCCUCCCGCGAUCCAUCCACUACCUCCUCCGGGAGCAGCGCCUCCUCUUCGUCCUCGUCGGCAUCCUCAUCGGCUCCACCUUCUUCAUCCUCCAGCCCACGCUCUCCCGCCUCGGCCCCGGGGAGGCCCGCGCCUCGAUCCCCCGCCUGUUCCGGGUCGCCCCGGGCUUGCCGGAGCGAGAUCAGGUCUCGACCGCCACCGCCGUCCCCAAGCUCGUGCACGGGUACGGCCGCGUCCCCGCCUCGGUCGCGCGGCGGCGGCUGAGGAUCGUCGUGACGGGCGGGGCGGGAUUCGUGGGGAGCCACCUCGUGGAUAAGCUCAUCGCCAGGGGCGAUGAUGUGAUCGUGAUCGAUAACUUCUUCACGGGGAGAAAGGAGAACGUCGUCCACCAUUUCGCGAACCCGAGGUUUGAGCUCAUUCGGCACGAUGUCGUGGAGCCGAUUCUGCUGGAGGUCGAUCAGAUCUACCACUUGGCUUGCCCUGCCUCUCCCGUUCACUACAAGUAUAAUCCCAUCAAGACUAUCAAGACGAAUGUGAUGGGAACUCUCAAUAUGUUGGGUUUGGCCAAGAGAAUUGGAGCGAGGUUCUUGCUGACUAGUACAAGUGAGGUCUAUGGUGAUCCUCUCGAGCAUCCUCAGAAGGAAACCUACUGGGGAAAUGUCAAUCCAAUCGGUGUUCGGAGCUGCUAUGAUGAAGGAAAAAGAACUGCUGAAACAUUGGCGAUGGAUUAUCAUCGAGGUGCUGAAGUGGAGGUGCGCAUUGCUCGAAUUUUUAACACAUAUGGCCCUCGUAUGUGUUUGGAUGAUGGGCGUGUUGUCAGCAAUUUUGUUGCUCAGGCAAUCCGCAAACAACCAUUGACAGUUUAUGGGGAUGGAAAGCAAACACGGAGCUUCCAAUAUGUCUCUGAUUUGGUCGAUGGACUGGUGGCAUUAAUGGAGGGUGAGCAUGUGGGGCCCUUCAAUCUUGGCAACCCUGGGGAGUUCACCAUGCUUGAACUUGCUGAGGUGGUCAAAGAAACGAUUGACCCUAGUGCCACAAUAGAAUUCAAACCAAAUACUGCUGAUGAUCCGCACAAGAGGAAACCAGAUAUCGGCAGGGCAAAAGAGCUUCUCAACUGGGAACCAAAGAUAUCACUGAGAGAUGGACUGCCUCGUAUGGUGUCUGAUUUCCGGAAUCGCAUCUUGAACGAGGAUGAAGGGAAAGGUUUCUAAUCAACAUGUAUCACCGAACAAGCUUGUAUAGCGUUAAGAGCAUUUUUGUAUCGUGAUGAUUUUUUAUAUCGAAUCAUGCUUGUCAUUUGCCAGUUUUGUAGCCAUUUUUUUAUUUUUAUUUUUGUAUCUGCGGUGUGCCUAGGCGUGCUCUAUUAUGCAAAUCCUUACUCAGAAUUCCCAGUUACAAUUACUAAUUAAAUGUUCCAUUCUUUUUGGGGGGUAUACAAUGUCCAAGACAA